AUGAGCACAUUUUCUCUUCACGGACGAACCGCCCUGGUGACUGGUGGUGCUAGAGGAUGCGGGUUGGCAUUUGCUCGGGGCCUGGCUGAGGCUGGCGCAAAUGUAGCGAUUUUCGACAAGGCUGAUCCCGAUGAAGCUUUUCAUGCGAUCACAAAAGAUUGCGGUGUUCGGACGGCAUAUUACCAGGUUGAUGUAUCUUCCGAAAAAUCUCUGAAAGACGGAUUUGCAAAAUUUCGAACAGAUUACAAUGAUGCACUAGAUAUCUGUGUUCCAUGUGCCGGCGUUAAUCGCCAUGUCCCGUUCCUGGAGUUUACGUACAAGGACCACAUGGAUCUACUGUCUGUCAAUGUGAUGGGGCUAUAUUUUACGGCCCAGCUGGCAGCCCAGCAGAUGAUCGCAAACGGCACAAAGCACGGUAGCAUUGUGCUAGUGGCUAGUAUGGCAAGCCACAUCGCAGUGCGCAGCCAGCUAUGUAGUGCGUAUUGUGGUACCAAAGGGGCUGUUCGAUCCAUGUGUCCCGCCAUUGCCAAAGAGCUAGCUGGUAUUCGAGUGAAUUCCAUCUCUCCGGGAUACGUGCAGACCGAAAUGACAGCCACAUUUCCCCACCUUGUGGAGGAAUGGAAGUCCGCCACAAUGAAUGGUAGAAUCGCGGAGCCGAAGGACAUCAUGGGAGCAUGCGUGUUUCUGGCUAGCGAUGCGAGUGUGUAUAUGACCGGGCAAGAUAUCAUCGUGGAUGGGGGAGUCACGCGAUGGUGA